GAGUACAGCCCUUACACACACGUUUUUGUUUUCCUCUCACGCACGCACGCACACAUUCUGAAUCGCACAUCGUCUUCUUCCUCUUUCCCUGAUUCCCUCCGACUCCGAGCUUGAGCUGCUUCUUCCUCUCUCUCGUUCUCUACACUGAAACUGAAACUUUGUAUCAGGCUUGUACUUUUUGCAAACUAUUUCUACUAGGUGAGAUAUAACUAGGAAGGAGGAAUUCGAAGAAUGGGUAUCCCGUCGGAAUUGAGGGAUAUGUGGGUCUCCAAAAGUAAAACACCUUUCCUUAUUGCUUCUCCCGCCGAGGAGAGCAAGCUUUUGAGGUCUAAGCAAUGUACUAAUGAGGGUGUGCGUGCUGGAUUCAAAGCUGCUACUAUUGCAUGUGUUUCCAGCGCUGUGCCGACGUUGGCUGCAGUUCGCAUUAUUCCAUGGGCGAAGGCAAACCUCAAUUAUACUGCUCAGGCACUCAUCAUAUCUGCUGCAUCCAUUGCCUCAUACUUCAUCGCUGCUGAUAAAACUAUCUUGGAAUGUGCAAGAAAGAAUGCCCGGCUUCAAGACUCUCUGAGGCAUGAUAAUAAAGUUGCAUCUUAGAAACUGCAGUACCCAUAGUUGGUCAAGUGCAUAAUGGUGCUACUUGUAAUACAAUCAGUGGGCCUAGGCCUAGUGCAGAUGGUUUUGAGGGGGUUAUGCACUUCAAAUAAGAUAUUUUGUAUUGUGUGACAAUCAUUUGAAAUUGCCUUUCCCCACGGCUUCAGAAUUCGUAAGACAUUCUAUGCAGGGGUGUAUUUGUUUUUCUAGCAUGAGUUGUCAUUUCUACUUGUCAACAUAAAAAGAACAGUUGCAAAUUUCCA